GGGAGCCUGGGUCCGCGCCCCUCCCCCGCCGAUCACCGGGAGCCCGACUACAGGUCCCAGGGAACUGGCAGGGGAGAAUGCCAGGGUCUCACUAGGGGCGUACGCCAGCGAAGCGAGACCGUUUCCCGGCGGAGACACUGCUGCUCUGCCCGGCCCGACCGAGAAGUCCAGGGCGGACAAGCGGAAAGCCCCAGAAUCGGUGCCGGGUCCCUGUAGCCAGCGCGGUCUCCCGGACGGCCCUGGUUGUAGUUGUUGUUGUUUAUACUUAAGAGCACGAAAUUCCUUCCCAGCGCCUCCUCCCUCCCGCCCCACCUGCUCCUGGGCCUCCUGCGGUAACGCCAUUAGGGAGCCUGAGCCCUCAUUGCCAAGGGUGCCUGAGUUCGCAUUCAGCCACCAUGGGGAAUGGGAUGAACAAGAUCCUGCCUGGUCUCUAUAUUGGUAACUUCAAAGAUGCCAGAGAUGCAGAGCAGUUGAGCAAGAACAAGGUGACACAUAUCCUAUCUGUCCACGACAGUGCGAGGCCGAUGUUAGAGGGGGUUAAAUACCUGUGCAUUCCAGCAGCGGACUCACCAUCUCAAAACCUGACAAGACAUUUCAAAGAAAGUAUUAAAUUCAUUCACGAGUGCCGGCUCAGGGGAGAAGGCUGUCUUGUGCACUGCCUGGCUGGUGUCUCCAGGAGCGUGACUCUGGUGACCGCAUACAUCAUGACCGUCACUGACUUUGGCUGGGAAGACGCCCUGCACACUGUGCGUGCCGGGAGGUCUUGUGCCAAUCCAAACCUGGGCUUCCAGAGGCAGCUACAGGAGUUUGAGAAGCAUGAAGUCCAUAAGUACCGGCAGUGGCUGAAGGAAGAAUAUGGAGAGAACCCUUUGAGGGAUGCGGAAGAAGCCAGAAACAUUCUGGGUAAAUAUAAAGAGCAAGGGCGCACGGAGGCCCCGCCUGGCACGUGGAGGGGGACCAGCUUGCAGGCCCUGCCUCCUAUGGCCUACAGCAACUAUACUGCGGAAACCUAACACUGCGACCUGGUGCCUGCCUUGCUGCCAGGUACCCUGGUGUGCUGGUGGCCACCUUGCCUUGGAGGACAGGAAGGGAGGGUGGCGAAGAUGGUGGAUCCAGACUCCUUCCCAGGACCUCCCCCGAGCCCUGCCUCAGGCCCCUCCACUCUGCCCACUCCUCUCCCCACAAAACUUGAUGCACUGUCUGGAGGCUGCCCUGCUUCGCACACUUUUGCACACCUGUGUGUGUGUGCAUUAUGUGUGAAUGUGUCAGUGUAUGGGUGAGUGUGAACAGUGCUGGAACAGUCAUAAAAUCCACACUGCCAGGAUUGGUACUGCCACCCUUCCCUUUGUCCAAGACUCCAAACAGAAGGCUUUAAAGUCGACAUCUGAAAUGCUGCUCAGCCAGAAGCAGUCCAUGCCUGUGAACACACAGUAAGAACUACACCCAAGCUGCUGAGAGCAGCAGCCUCCCCAGAACCAGGAGCAGUCCCUGCAGGGCAGCAGGCAGCGAGACUCCCUGCCCCCGCCCCGGGGCGGGGGUUGGGGGGGUGGUUCCCAGGGCCUUGAGGGGAUGGCAGCCAAUGCUUUGAGCAUUGCCUAGACCUUAAGGAAAGUACCCCAGGUCUUGGCUCCCUGUUGCCUGAAUUCAAGGCCCGCUUUUCACCCUAUUAGGUCCCCAAGUUCUACUUGGUGUUUGUUCACUAUGACACCGACUGCAUUUUAGAUCCAUGGGGAGCACUACCAAUUCAGCCAAAGCUGUGUGCCCUGAGUGCCCUUCUUCCCCUCCCCAGUCCUGUACAACCUCACUCCCAACCUCUUGCUGUUUUCACUCUGCAAGGGACCUCUUCAGAGGGUUUGCAUGCACUGUUAGGUAUUGAAAAGAAAAAGCAUUUAUUAGGCAUUGUAGCAGUUUGCAUUUUGAAAUACAUUAUAAAAUGCCUGAGUACUUAUUAGGCACCUUCUUGUAUGCUGUGGAUAUGAUGUUUGAUCUUAGCUACCUCAUUAAAUGUUUUUUGAAAAGAUGUUUUUCAUUAUUCCAAUCAACUCUGCCUCAGAGUUGAAAAUGUUCAGUCAUGAUUACUUUUGAAGCCAAAGGGGAAAAGCAUUCAGUGGUGUUGAGCUAUUUAAAGUUUCUGAUUUGGGCUCCAAUAAUGCUUUCUAGUGGGUAAAAUUCCACAUUCAGGCCAAGGUCAGCAGGCUGAAGAGCAGCUGCAGUUUGCAGUUUGGGGCAGUAGGCACCCUGGUGUGCUGUGAGAAGUUCUGUGCUGCAUCCCUUUAUACCCACUCAGAUGCUUCAAGCAGGCAGAGACACAGAAUGAAAAAAUACCCUCGCCCUCUCCCAAAAAAAUGUUGCAGCCUAUUUCUCUGAUUCCACCACAAAAAGAGCCCCUGAAUAAGAAAAGCAGUUGCCCCCUGCAUUUUGGAGGGUGUGUCACAGGUGAGCUGUUGUGGGACAAGGAGAAUGAAGUCACCUGACCCUACACACUCCUAUGGAAAGGGAAACAUGGCCACAGAAUUAUUCAUAUGCUGAUGAAACAAUUUGCCUGUAAAGUAGAUUUUUUUUUCCCUUAAACCAAAAAGAAAUGUAAAUAUGUUAACUGGAGAAGUAUUUCGGAUAUCAGCUUGAAUGCUUAAAUGUGUGUACACUUAUGAACAUCUAAAUAUAUUCCUGUAGAUCUUGAAAUGUUGUUUUAAUAUUUGUUGCCAGUAAUGUUCUUUCUCCACAGCCACACCCGGAAUUCUGAAGUACUGGGCCUUUCUCAGAAGACUGUAAUGCACCUGAAGUUUCUGAAAUAUUGCAGAGCCACAGAGUUUAGUCUGGUGCUGCCAAAAAAGAAAAGCAACCUAGAGUUUAUUUUUUAAGUAUCCAGAAGUAAUUUGUAAACUUGUUUUUUAUUUUAACUGAAUACAUAUGUAAUCGUGUUAUAUAUUAAGAACUAAGGAUACUCUUUAGCGAGAGAAUAUAUUUUUACCUUAAUUUCACUGCUGUGACUAUUUCUUUAAUCUUAACUUUGAUUCCUGUAAAGCAGUCUCAGCACCUGCUGCCAUGUUUCUAUUACUGUUAGUAACCCUGUUUCUCAUGACAGCGGUUGUGCUGUUCUUCAGUUUCCCAGCUGAGGGUAUCUCUUGGUGUGUUUUAUCCAUGGUUUGUGUUCUCAAUGGUGGCAUUUACCAACAGCUACACAAUUUUGUUAAUAAAAGGCAACUUAGCCACAUUUA